CAGUCGCAAGUUGUGACGUCGUCGCAAAGUAGUGCUUGUCCCUUAUGCAGCAACAGAAAUAGAUGCAUAUCAGCUGAUGGAGCAAAGCAUUUUUAUCACACUCACUAGUUGUUCACUUUUGAUUAAAUCAUGCGACACAAAAUGAUGUUGAUGCGGAGAUAACAAGCUCCUCUGCUUGUCUCUGGUAGUAUUAUUCCUCACGGUAGCUAGAGCAAGAUGGCUUUCCGUGCCGACGCUAUCGCAAACCUGCCGCAAACAGAGCAGGAGGAUGAUCUGAAUGUGUACAACCAGAGCCAACGGAAUGGCCCGUCGCAGAUUGGAACCUCGACCGAGUACAAAUGGGACAAGGAGUAUUGGGCCGAGAGUCGGGUGCAUCCGGGAGACCGCAACGUGUGGUACGCGUUGAACCCACGGUUUUCGGACCUAGCGAAGUACUAUGCGCGGCACGCACAGUGGGCGGAACGGCUGGUCCGCCGGCUGCUAGGGGAGGUGGAGAAGGAGGAGCGAAAAACGGCGGAGGUCGUAGACAAUAUGUACCAGUCCAUGGCGGAGCGGAUGGCACGUCGCUCGGCCGAGCUCGAGAAUCAAAUUUUCGUGCGGAACCCGUUCAUGGAGGACCCCACCAGCCCGGCCACGUUCGCGAAACGCCUGCAGGAAACGCUAGACCAGCGCGGCGCCAUCUUGCGUUCUCGAGCAAUGGCCGCGAGUCGCAAGUAUGCAAGCUUUUUCAUUUAUCGUGCGUUCGAGUACUUGUUGGAAGUUGAUGAACCCCAGACAGUAAUUAUUAACGUCUGCGUGUUGACAAGUGAUUUCCAAAAGAUGUUGGUUUUUUUCAUAUAGUACUUUUUUUGCAAUUUUGACGAGCCGCAACAGCCUUCUUCUACGCCAUAAAAUAGGGGCGGCGCAGUCGCUGGGCAAACGGGUGCAAAGCUGGGUGCGGAUGCGCUGACCCUGCUCGCACGGUGGUUUGAGUUUCACGUAAAGGAGCCCGGGGGCAACCACGACAGCAAGGCGCGGAUCCACCCCUUCACAUGGCGGACGCCGUUCUUGACCGAGAACGAAAUCAGCCAGGCCGACGUGUUGAAGAUUCUCGGGGGUCUCUUCGGGGACAAGCUUGUCACGGCGGGCGUCGGCCAUGCGAUGUUGGGCGGUACUGCAGCCUCGGCGGUCAUGGACGUGAUGCCGGGAAAGAACAACUCGGAGCUGCCGAAAAACGCGAUGUGGUAUGCGGAGGACGAGUCCCCCGUGAAGCCGUGCAACCAGAUCAAAGAUUUCGAGGAGUGCACGGCUGCGUGGAAGGACGACGACAAACGGUGCAAGUUUCUCAACACGGCAAAACCUGUAUGAGAAUGCACAACUCGACGUUUCCCUUUUUUCCCUCAUUUGUUGAACAAGGGCACAAGCAACAACAGAAGGAUCAGCGACGAACACGGAGCCCUGGCAUAGAAGGCCACAUGUUGCUGCGCCGAAUUAGGUCGUAUUGAUUGAGUGUUUCCAGAAUUAUUUGUGAUGCAACCAGUAGGUACCAAAAUAAAUGCAGCAACUAGAUUUGGCAUUUUGUAUGGCAAGCGAGGCCAUCAAGGGGAAGUACUAGUUGUGCACUCCCAUAACUCGGGGAGAAGCUCGACGGGGACGCGUACCUACAAAAGAUCGACAAAGCCGGCGCCAUGUCCGACGAAGCGAAGGCGGAUGCGUUGAAAAAGUACAACAUGCACGGGCGGUGCCAGAAGGUGAUGUGCCGCGACCACCUGAACGCCACGAGCUGCACGUCGGACGAGCAUAACGAGUGCGUGUGGCAGGAGGGGGACCUGCGGAGCGUGCGGUCCAAACCGGAGAAGUAUCGGGACUGGUUCGUGCAGACGCAGAGCAGCGAGGAAAACCUGAAAGAACUGGCGAAGCCGGAGAACGGGGUGGAGCGCCGGACGAUACGGAACUUGCUCGGGGGAAUGGAACUACCGCCCGACGCGGAAACGGACGACCCGCAGGCAGUCCGGCCCUGCCAGGAGCUGCGGCGCAUGCUGGCGCUGAAACGGGUCUCGGAGAAGAAGCGCAUGAAGCGGUGGGAACACUUACUCAACGCGGGCGUUUUAACCAAGGACGAGGUCACGUUGCAGCGGCGCGAGGGCGAGAAGGUGCUGAUCGCGGGAGAAAACAUCGUGAAGGAGUACUGCCCGAACGAACACUGCGAGGCCCGGCACGCCACGGUGCGGGCGUUGGACGACGAGCGGCAGUACAAGGAGUGGAUGGAGCUGCGGAACGUGAAAUUGCUCGGGGACGCGGAGAAGGCCAAGGAGGAGACGAAGACCAAAGUGAUUGAAGGCGGGCACGACGACCCGGAGGGCACCUACCUGGACGAGGAGUCGGGCCUGGAUCUGCGGAAACACUUCAAAAGCGGGCUGGAAUUCCACGAUUUGGGGUACGAACCCGGAAAAGUGAACGUGAUGGACGGGUAUUCGAAGAUGCUCGGAGUUCUGGACGGCAACUACGCCAUGGACGACUUCAACGCAAAAUUCGCGGAGGAAAAAAAGAAACUGGCCGGGCUGCAGGCCACGGACGAGGAGAAGGCGAUGGAAGAGAAAAAGAUGUUCGAGAAACUGCUGCACAAAGACCCCAGGUUUCGCCAGGACGGGGUCUUCAGCACGCGCCUGUUUCAGGAGGGCGCGGAGCCCGAGAAGUCGGACUUCGAAGAGCAGGAGGCCAUGAGUACCAACCAAAACAGCGAUACGGUCGCGAUGGGGGCAGAGGCGGAACAAGCAAAAGCAGACCGGGAGCAGGCGGAGAAAGAAGCCGCGAAUAAACCGCAGACGGAAAAAUCGGAAACUGGCGAACAAACGCUGACCACGAAAGAGACUGGCAGCACAAGCAGCAGUACAACAAGUCAACUCGAGGUGAACCGGGAGAAGGAGGCUGGUACGAGGAAAAGCGGUUCCAAGCUGUUGAGAGGAAUUGACAACGAAAGUAAAACAAAAAACUCGCCAUCAAGAAGUUCCAAGACUGCUUACGACAAGUCGCACUCUCAGGAAAGGCAUUCGUCCAAGCGAAACAAGAUUGAGGACUGGCACGAUCAUGUGAACGAGGGCCAAAAAAGGGCGCGCGCCGGGCUUGCAACUGUCACACGUGGGAACCACCAUGCGCCUGCUGCAGUGAACAGUUUCCGGAACUUUUCCCCUCCCCACGGACACGGACAUCGCACAAUAGCUGCGGCACGAAAGACGCAACAUGCGGCCAAGAAAAUGAUCAGAGGCCUACCAAUGGACGCAAGAUACUUUCCACCGAAGGAACGAUUACAAAGGAGUAAGCAGCCAUCCAGGAUUAUUACGGAAAUUGAGGGGGAUGCGCUUUUCGCAAAUCCAAAUACCAUUACUCCCAGUGCCAAUAGAAAGUGGAGAAACAACCCGACGCAUGUGACGGAGUUUUUGUCCGUCUCAGCCGAUGAUUCCGUUUCGGGAACGAGCGAUCAAACACACCAGCAGCAUCACGCCCGGCAUCGCAUUUCCAAGAAAGCAUCCUCCACGACGUCAAGGCAUAACCCCACCGCGUUUGUCCUGUACCGAGACCGGGAUCCCUCGUACCUGGAAGAAGGCAGCGACAAGGAAGGUUUCAUCAGUCGUGUGCGGGAGGGGGAGAUGCACGAUGAGGACAAGACCGGAGCCUUUGAGUGCGCCGGUCCGAAAAAGCUGGAGCAACUGCACGAGGUGUACGACGCCGCGCUGCAGAACAUCAAGAAGCACGCGUUUUCCCACCUCCCCGUCCGGUUUUGGGUGGACACGAUGAAGAAGCUGAACGGGAUCCCGAAGAGCUCCAAAGUCCGCACGACCGAGAUGACCGACCAGCAGCACUUCACGCUCGUGCGCGAGUCCCUUUCGUUGUACGACCGGGUGGUCGGGUUCGUGGGGAAGCUGCAGCGCAAAAUCGGCAUGGAACUGGUGGAACACGAAAUCAACCCCGGGCUGUACAGCGAAAUGCUCCACGACUCGAACACGCUGCGGGACGUCGCGAAGGAGCUGUUCGUCGAGCGGUACAAGUGCAAAGACGCACAAAAAAUGAACCGGUUUGCGCGCUUCAGCGACGAAAGCAGGACCAGCAUGUUUCUCGACAUUGGCAGGAGUGGCGGGAGUUCAGUUUCUGCCUUUGGUCGUGAUGAAGCCAAAAAUGUUGCCACGCGUCACCUUGUCGGAAGGAAGCGACAUCGAACGAGUUUCGGAAAUACCGCCGUCCACGUCCACUACAGAUCCGAGCCAGCGAGCGCACAGGAUCCGGGCCGCAAGGUUCUGAAACCUUAUGUCACGACGACUACCCAGUUCACCGGCACUCAGCAAAGCGAUGCAGCAUCUGGCUCUCUUAGUUUGAACAGACCAGAGGUGAAGCUGAAAAUUAUGGUCGAGGACGCGCCGCCGCUGCGAGCACGGGGAUUCGGGUGGCAUUUUUCUGCAAAAAUGGCUGCCGCGAUGGACCUCCACCAGAAUCCUCGAAGCCAACCUCUACUAGGAGCCUCUGGCGUGGACGGGCUGCUAGACUUGUCCCGAGUCGAAAGGGAGACGCACUUGUUUCCGCACGGCGUCACAUCCUUCGUCGCAGACAGCGACUACGAUCCGUUCACGAAAACAGGCGGAGUAGACACGGGAGCUACAACUUGUGGCCCUGAGGUAGAGGCUGGCGCGCCGUGCAGUUUCCGCGUCCCAUUCGGGGGCUAGCGCGAAGACAGCCCGAUCUACGAAGAAAGAGUUGUAUAAGUAUGCGAACUCCGCCUGUAAAGGUGAAGCCAUUUCUGGUUACCACUUUAUCCUGCAAUCCCAUGCUGAACUCUUUUUGUGUUGCAUAGUACGUACUAAUAAAUGCUGCACAGCAGCACGACUUUCAAUGUACAAUUCAAAAUUCCAUCUGUUUCGACGGUUUUUUGGAGGAACGGAAAACAAACGUACAAUGAAUUUCACCUUGCUUAUUUUGCAUUAUCUAAGCAUGCAGCCACUUCUUUUCGAUCAAGUGAGUCAGGUGCGUUCGCCGCCUGACUGGACCUGCGACAGGAAAGUUCGUCGUCUGCUACAGCAAAUAGAAAACUGUUCUCAAACGGAUCGCUGCAGGUACGGCGGGCGCUCACUCAAUUUAUACUUCGAGAGACCAAACUGCAACAAGGGGAGACGAAGAGUGAGCUUCUCGGCGUGGGAGGGUGUAUUGCUCACUGUCGAUUACUUAUUCGUUUUUGCACAGCACUCUCACAGUUCCUGGCUCACCGGAUAGCAUACCUCCACCAUCAUAGAAGCUUUCUUGGCAUUGCCUUUCUGUUUGUAAAUUCUUUUUUAGCUUGCUUACGAUUUUUUU